AUGGGUGAGCUUGUAAAUGCUGCAAGAACAUUAGGUGAAACAGGAAAUUUUGUAGAUGGUUUUAAAAGACUUGUUUCAAAUGUUUUAACAAACACAAAGAAAUUAUUUAGAUAUACCGUACAUAACGGACGGAUUUUCGAACAGAUAGCAACAAACCCUCCGGUUAUGGCUGCGUUGAUGAUGGUUAGAGAUAUAAAACCACGUAACGACGGGAACGAAGAACAUGAACAACAGGAUACUGGUCGGGUUAUUCGAGACAUUAAAAACGUGUAUCCUGAAGUUAUUGAUUUAUUUAGAGGAGUUAAUGAUUCAAUUUCAAAACAUUCUAUAACCCUCGAUGAAGAGAAUAAAUUAACAGAUUAUAUAUUCGUCAUUAUUGCAGAAUUAAUGAAGAGAAUAAAUGAAAAAGGAAUUGGUGAUAUCAUUAAUGUCAGCGAUGUAAUGAUGAAAAGAAAUUUUGACUCAUUAUUUACAAAACCGAAAACAGAAUAUAGUCUUUAUGACGUAAUUACCGAAUUAAUGAAAAAGAUUAAUGAUAAUAAGAGUUCUGGCGGAAGAGUUGAAUUAGAAGUGAAUGAUGUUAAUGAGAAAUUAGCCGAAAAAGCAGACAAAAAUGAGCUUUUAGCUCUGAGUGAUAAAGUCAAGAACCACGUUCAUUAUAUAACUUCAGACGAACAGAUUAUAACGGACUACCAUGGAUAUUUAACACGAAGUGAUGAAGCGAAGACAAAAAAUGUUAAUGAAAGAAGAUAUAAAUACAUUCGUGCUAAAG